AUGAAUCUAAGGUGCCAAAGAAAACCAAAUACAUUGGCAAGAAGGGAAUCACCAAGGACCUCCUUGGAUGGCCAUCCAUUGCAUCGUGCCCGGACGGGCACUGGCACAAAGGCAAGUGCGACUCGCGCACUCAACAUGUUUAUGAAGGGCCUUUACUCUGGAGAUUUGUGGCUGUGUGGGAAGGACAAAGACACGAUGAUUCAAUCUGGAAUGCAUUUCUUGAAGGGUUCGUCAAGACUUGCAUUUCUCUCCUUUCAUCUUGGGGAGGAGAGAUUUGCAAUCACUCCUAAGCACCACUUCCUCUAUCAUAUAGUCAAAGUGAUCCAGUGGGAAGCCGACAUGACUGGUUUCGCUCGCAACCCGUGUUGCGAAUCUUGCAGUCAAGACGAAGACUUGAUAGGGCGAAUAGCCCGCGUCGCCCGGUCCGUGAGUCCCAGGGCUACAGCAAUGAGGACCCUGCAAAGAUACCUCUUGCUAGUACGUGAUGCAUGGUACACGGAGAGCUGA